GAUUAUCACUAGGUCACACAACACGCUGAUAAAUUCAUGCAGUAAUUCAGCAACCGAAAGCAUUGCUUUUGGGUCGAAAAUGUUCAAGUCGAAGCUGCAGGAGGUGUGCCAGAAGAAGGCUUGGGCCUUACCGGAGUACAGAAGCACCAAGGAGGGCGUCGAUCACGACCCUCGCUUCGCCGCCUCCGUCCUCGUCAACGGCCUCACUUUCCACACUCCCCAAUCCUUCCGCUCCUCCAAGCUCGCCCAAAACGACGCCGCUCGCCUCGCAUUCGAGCACUUUUCUGCCGCGCCACUCCCUGUUUCCCUCCCCGCUCCUUCCUCUUUCCCUCAGCCCAGUCUUAUCGCAGGACUUCCCGUAGGAUCUCAGAUCAGCGACAAUAUGACAGUUGUCGGUUCUCAGAACAGUGGCAGCUCAUUAAGUGUUGACGGUGAUAACUAUUCUAAAGAUGUACAGCAUCAUAAGAACCAGCUGCAAUAUUAUGCUCAAAAGAGGAACCUAAAUUUACCUGUGUACUCUUGUGAGCGUGAAGGUCCUCCUCAUGCCACUCGUUUCAAAUGUACAGUAACAAUCGAUGGACAGACUUAUCAGGGUCAAGAAUUUCUUCCCACUGUGAAGGAUGCUGAACAUGCAGCUGCAAAAGUUGCUUUGAUCUCCCUGUUACCAAAUGGAGUCCAACAAGAUGAUACUGGUUUGUACAAGAACCUUCUACAAGAACUACUUCAAAAAGAAGGUCAACAUGUACCACUUUAUAGCUCAACGACUUCGGGUGAACCUCACAUGCUUAGGUUUGUUUCAACCGUGGAGAUUGGAGGAGAAUACUUUACAGGUGAGGUAGCAAGAAGCAAGAAGCUGGCAGAAGUGAGUGCAGCAAAGGUUGCUUACAACACUCUGAGAGAUCGUAAGUUGAGUCAUAUUCCAUUGUUUCCCACCCCGGCUAUUGAAGGGCAAGUCUGUUCUGAGUUAUUAUCAUCUAAGGCCCCAUCAGUUGUAGCGGCUGAUCUACAACAACAAAUGAGACCCAACACUCCAAUUCCAAAUUCGGUUAAAAGGGAACCAGAAUCUGAUCUACAACAACAAAUGAGACCCGACACUCCAAUUCCAAAUUCGGUUAAAAGGGAACCAGAAUCAGAGAUGAGUGUGGCCACAGUGGGAACCAGUUGUUUGGGGACAACUCCAUCUUUGGGAGUUAUUAGUGUUACUGUUGGUGGAGGAUCCACAUUAUCUGGCACUGUACAUGCCCGUCAACCGGAGACUUCACGUUCUGCUUCCCCUGCGCCCCAAAACGGUUCAUUUUUGACUUUGGCUUCUGAUUGUAACUCAAAUGCGGACUCUACUCUUGAGCCACCAGCGAAGAGAUUCUUCUCUAACAAGGUUUCUGUGCUUCCACGGAUGGCGGCGACACUCCCGGAAGACUGCGUCGUGUUGCCCCUUAGUCCUUAGUGAUGGUUUUUCUUUUUCUUUUAUUGCCCCUUAGUCCUUAGUGAUGGUUUCUUUUUUCUUUAUAUUGAUGUACUUUGCUGAGAAAUCAUAAAAGACUCGUUUAACUUAAAUUUCUGAAGCUGAGCCAUAUUCCUGAUUGGUUUAGUAGAAUUAGUUCGAAAGUCUUGUAUGCUCUCUGUUUAACAACCGCAAAGUAUAUGGGAAGUCUGUGUAUGAUCUUUUGCUAGUAGCCUAGGCCAUUAAGGAACAAAAAAAGCCGGGUCAGGUGAAGGUGCUCCCAUAAGAUUUAGACCCGUUUUCCAGAUGGAAUGAAUUUCCUCCAAUUCUCACCUACAAGUUAUGCACCUUGAUUUGUCAUUUAUUUGAAGAAAAAAAAAAGAAAGAAAAAACUAGAGCAGAAAUUGGAGCCUUGGAGGAGAGAUAUUGGAG